AUGGUCAUUACCCAUGCAUUGUGCACCGCCAGCAACAUGUUGCUGCUGCGCCUCCAAGCAGCAGCAACAGCAACAACAGCAACAGCAGCGGCAAACAAGCUAAACAAGUAUUGCUGCUGUGCCGAGGAGCAACAGCAACGACGGCAGCAACAUCAGCAGAUAAAAGGCAGACAAAAGGCACGAGAUGUGAGAGACGUCUAGGGUUGCUGCUGCAUGGGAAUUGAAUUCCAUUCAAAAGACGGCAGCAGGCUGUUUGUCAUACUUGCAACAGCGGCAACAACAACAGCAGCAACAUUGCCAAGAAGCAGAACCCAGUGAAAUGGCUUACAUGCAUUUCUCUGCCUCUCUUCCAGCAGGCGUGUUGAGGUGUGUUGAGAUAGCAUCUUGCAUAAAAUUACUGCCAGUGGUAGGAGCAACAUCAGCAUCUCCACCAGCAGCAACAGCAACAGCAGCAGCAGGAGCAACAGCAGCAGCCACCAGCGACGUGGUUGCCUGAUGCUAUGCCACUGAUAGCCUCGAAAUUGUUGGCAGUUGCAAUUUGCUGUUUGGAAUUUUAAGCGAGCCAACAAUGAAGUUCAAACCGAAGCGAAGGAAACCAAAAAAAAAACAAAAACAAAAAAGCCAACAAAAAGAUAAAAACCCAGAGAGCCCAAAGGAAGAGGAACCCGACAGCAACAUCAUUCUCAUGCUCAUCAGCAGCACCAGCAGCACAAAAGUUUAACCCGUCUCUGGUAUCGAUUUUUGAUUGCCUUUAAAAAGAUUCGAUUUUUGGGACAAAGGAAGUCUAGAUUGUUGCCAGCUAAAUUGCUUUUAUUCAUAGUUUUGAGUCGAAAACAUGUCAUGUUUGCAUAAUGCUGAUAACUUUAUUGGAAAGUUGUUAAACUGAGUCGUAACUCUUCUUUACAGACAAAUUCUAUGUUUUUCUUUUUGUUUGCCUUUGAGUUGAGGUUUUAUUUAAGCCUUAGAUUUUUCAUUCUUUGGAAGUUUAAGCUGGUUUUGUUCAAGAUUAUUUGUGAAAUAAGAAAUAUGCAUAGAACAUAUCUGACAUUAUUUUUAGCUGAAUAUAAAAUAUUUAAUAACUUAUUUAAUUAUGAACUUAGAUUUGGUCCAAUUUAGUUGAACUCAUUAAAUUUAACCUGACUAUAAAAACCAUGACUAUCUUUAAAAUUUUGAUUACCAUUCUAUAAAUCAGUAACUUCCUACCCUGCAAGGCUGAAAAUGGGUUAAGUUUUGGUCUCUGUUUUCAAAGUUGGAGCCUGCGCUAAAUUCAAGACCUGCGAUUGCAAUAAAAGUCAGCAGGCAGGCACUGAUGUGUUGCUGGAGCCCACCUCUCCACAUCCGCAUCCACAUCCACAUCCAGCUCCUGCUCGAAUCUCCUGCUCCUUCCCCAUUUGAAUUUCAUUUCAGUGGUGCCUUUCGUUUUUAUUUAUUUUUUAUUUUUCAGCUCGCUUCCAUUCAAUUUCUGCUGCUGCUGCCUUGCCGCCAUCUGAGCUUUGCAUAAGCCCGUAGUUCAUUUGAGAGAAACAAAACAAAGCAAAACCAAAUAAAAAAAACCAAACCAAAGGCGAGGAAAAAAAUCGAAAUAAGAUAUAGUCGGGCAGCGGCAGCAGCAGUCAGCACGAUUUAUGUUAAUCAGACAAGAAGGCAGGGGUCCUGUCUUUUGGGGGAAAUCGGGGAGCCAGCGCCAGCCAGUUGCAUUCAAUCAUCUUUUAUCUGGCAGGCAUCGGCGGAGUUUGGUGGGGAUUUCUUUUUCUUGUGGGUAUUAUGUAUCGCUUAGUUGCAUUUGGCGCACUUUCCGAUUUUUCCCUCUUUCUCCCAUUGCCAAGUCAAAGUUUGAUUCGUGUUUUCGUAUUUUGCCGCAGCGAGACUUCAAUUUGAUUUGCCGCUAUCGAUUUGAUUUCAAUUUGCCAAAUGCUCUGGCUAUUUAUCUCAAUGACUCACUCGUUGUCCCUUCUUUUUCCGAUUUGUUCAGUCAGGGUGAAAGUCGAAUUCAAUGGGAAUGUAAAGGCUGGUAAAAGGCAGAAGAAAAUCCUACCUUUAUGUGUAAUUUAAUCCUAUUUCUUGCUAUUUAAAAUACAAUUUUCAUGUACACAUUUAAAUAUCAAAUACAAUAAACAUUGUAGUUAAGGGUCUAUAAUACACUUCAUUACUUACACACAAUUGUUCGAAUAAAAACGAGACGAAAGCAGAGUAAUUGAAUACCAACCUGUAAUGAGAACAAUUAUAAUAAUAAAUUAAUUACGA